AUGACUGUGGGGUCGGUAACUGAUCAACGCAGUUUAUUCUCCGAGGAGAACGGAAUGUCGGAUGUCGCCGUUAAGACGAUGCCUCUAGCGAGCACAGAAGCGACAGAGCAAUUGCAAAAAAAAAAGGACAUCUCAAUUGAUGAUAUGGAUAUGAUUGCGUUGAAAACAAAUUUCGACAAGCAAAUGAUUGUCGGGUCCCCAAUGUAUCUAGACCCCUUAGAAGAAGAGAGGGGCACGAUGAUUUUAGAGUAUAAGGACGAUGAAAUUCGUAAAGAGUCAAGAUACUCAUUAAAGGGCAAUUGUUCGAAUCCAGAGCCUGCGUCAUCGACUCACUACCAUUUCCAAAAAAUUAGGGAAGUUACUAAUCCCUUCCAUCAGCUGGUAAAGUUCAGGGAAAAAUACGUUAGAGGGUCCUUUCAAGAUAGUGAAUCCAAUAUCAAAAAUGAUGUUGAGAAAUGGUUAGUGUAUCCUAAGCCUUUGCCCAAGUUCUGGAAGUUUGAUAAAGAUGAGAGGUUUUUAGGUGAAGCUGAAUUUGACCCUGAAAACCCAAUCAGAAAAGUGAAAAGCGGGUAUUACUGUAUCCGCCCUCACGAUUAUGGUCUAGCUAACCGCACGGCUGCGAGUUCAAUACACUAUACUGGAGAGGAAUUUGAGCUGGACGAUUUUGUGAGCACAAUAGCUGAGCACAAUAAAGUACAUAGUUUGGACGAGGACGACUUGGAAGAAAGAGAGAUCCCUACAUUCCGGGAAUUCAAGCACAAUUUUGGGUUCAUGAUUGAGAUGAUUCAGUCGCAUCCAAUGAACGAAAUUUCUGAGAAACGUCUAAACUAUCUUUUGGAUAAAUUCGAUCUGUUUCAACACUUGAAAUCAAAAUCUGAAAUUCUAGAGAACAAGCAAGUCCCCUAUAGAGAUUUUUAUAAUUGCAGAAAAGUGGACCAGGGAGUUUUGCUGAGUGGAUUAGUUACCCAAAGACAACUGAGCGAGUUCAUUUGGGAGAAAAUUAACACAGAAUCUACAAGAAUAGUUCAUGUGACCAGUUCAGGAGACGGGCUUACCAUAAGAGAUAUUUUUCAAUUGGGAUGUUCCCAUGAAAAUCCAUUGGAAGUAGGUUUAAAAGUGAUCGAUGAUCAAUUUUUGGAUUGGUAUAGAGACGUUUAUUUGUCUACGUAUCACCUCAUAAAAUACAGUGAGAGUGAGAUUGAAAAUGAACUGAGUGGCUUGAAACUGCGUUAUUAUUUUUUAGCCAAGAUCUUUUUGGAAUUUGAUAACGCCAUCGAGGGUGAAUAUCUUGCGCAAAUACUGAUUAGAUUUACCAUUCAUUUGUUGGAAAAAUCUAAAUAUCAACUCGGCCAGAUUUCAGUAGACUUCCAAUUCUACGAUCCGAAAGACAGUAACGCCCAGACAAAUAAUUGGUGGAUGAAAUUUUCUCAUUGGUUGAUCAAGUGGAAACUGGUUUCAUACAAUAUCCGAUGGAAUAUCCAAUUGUCUAGAGUCUUUCCUCAACUUUUUGCCGCUCGAAAAGUGUCCAACUUUCAAGACUACUUUGAUUCGAUUUUUACUCCUCUGUUUGAGAAUCAAGAAAGUAAGGAACUUGACUUCUUUUUGAGAAACGUUUGCUCUCUUGACGUGGUAAUCAGCCAGUCGGAUGAGUACCUGUGGAAAAUCUUUGCAGAUAUUAAUCUUCCUCCAAAAGACUGGGUCGCUGAAGGUGAUAACCCAACCAUCUCUCACUAUAUUUACUACACCUUUGCGAAUCUGGCACGUUUCAACCAAUUGAGACACAGGAAGCAUAAGAAUACGAUACCCCUUAGAAGUUACUGCUCUCCCUCUACGUCUAAUCGUACCUCGCAAUUUAGUUCAACCACUCUUUACUUUACUGAAAAAGUAGAGUCUCUGGUGUGUAAUUUGCUACUCUGCAAUGGUGGUCUGCUGCAGGGUGAACCGAUCUGGAAUGCUCCAUCUCUUUUGGAGUAUCUGUUCUAUCUAUUUCAAAUUCCGAUAAUAACGGCACCAUUAUCAUCAGUGAACGUGUCGUCAGGCAAUACUGAUGCCCUUCUGAAUGACCAAAAAGGUACUUUAAAGCAAAGUAAUGGUCCGGAGGCCAAUCCUGUUAAGUUAUCUCGUGACAUCUCAGUUGCCGGUCAGUACACAUAUGAUAAAAACCCAUUUAUGAAAAUGCUAAGAAUCGGGUUUAAGGUUUGCAUAUCAUCAAGAUCCGUCCUGUUCAAUUCCUCUUAUACGUUAGAGCCUAUGAUAGAGGAAUAUAGCGUUGCUGCCAGUAUCUACCUUCUCAACGCUGCAGAUUUAUGUGAACUGGCCAGAAAUUCAGUGAUCAGUAGUGGGUAUAACGGGUUCUACAAAGCCCAUUGGUCAGGGAUUGUAAUCGAAAAUAACGGUGACAACGUGAUGUCUGAUCCUUUGGGUCUGAUUGACAUGUGGAAUGAUAAACCAGAAGAUAACAGGAUCCGACAUAACGUUCCGAACAUUAGAAGAAAAUACAGAACGGAAACACUAGAACAAGAGUGGGAGUUCAUCAAUGACCGUUUUGUUGACUAA